CGUUCAGAAAAACACUCUCCUUCGCGGCAGCCUAACCAUUCGAGUACAGAAAUAACCUCGGUCGUCGAUGCAGUUUAUUUGUUAAAAUCCUGUGGCUCCAAUCAAACACAAUUAAAAUCAUUAAAAAAAAGCACCCCCCCCCCCUCUUCUCUCGCAAAUAUUUAGAUUGCUUUGGAUCCGCAUCUUCAUUCAAAUGCUGUGAAGAAGCUUAAUACUCACAGAAUCUACAAGGUAGGGUUUUUUUUUCUUCGAUUAAUUUUUUUUUUUAAUGGCUUCAAGUUUUGAUCGGUGGGAGAAGGAUCCGUUCUUCUCUGCGGCUGAGGAAGUUCAAGAAUCAGCAGACAGGAUGGAAUCAACGUAUAGAACAUGGAUUCAUUCAAAGAAAGAGGAAUCUAGCAUGUGGGAUUCCGAGCAACUAUGUCGGGACCUACAUACUGCGCUAGGCACCACCAAAUGGCAGUUAGAGGAGUUUGCUCGGGCUGUCGGGUCGAGUUAUGUCAAAAGCUCUGUUGAUGAUGCGAGAGACAGGCAUCGUGAUUUUAUUGUCGCGAUCGAAGAUCAUAUAUUAAGAAUAGAAAAUUCGUUAAAGGAAUGUGCCCUUUCAGAGGGCAAGACUUCGUUGCCCUGGGUGCAUUUGGAUGAAGGGGAGUGCAAUGAACUUGCAUUGUUUUUGUCAGGGCCACCAACGACAUCUAGAGAGAAUAUAUCAAAAAAUCAUGUCAUGGAGAGUGGGAUGACACGAGGAGGUGAAGAGUCUACCCCCCAUUCUUCAAAGAACUUGACUAAUUUGGUCAUGUGCUCCUCCUUGGAGCCCAGGGACGAGAAGUUGCAUGGGCAUAGGAGGACGGCUAGUGCUAGUGCUGAUAUUGGUGCGUGGAAAAUUGCUAUAGCUGAAGAUGUUUGCCUGUCUGAUCCUUGUAAUGAGAAGGCCCCCAUCCCGCGACCCCCACGAAAGGUACCUAGUUUGUCUGGAAUCGUAUCUUCUAUGGAAUCUGUUUCUAAAUUCAACUGGCCAAAGAAUGGAGUUCGUAAAUGGAAGGCAAUGGAUCGUCAACAAGAAUCUGAUACAAUACCAUUGCAAUCUUCACAGUUAACUAGGGGCAUAGAUGCAUGCUAUGAGAAAAGUAAGAGUUGCCUAGAUAGUUAUAAUGAAUGUUAUGACAAGCAAAUUUAUGGCUGGUAUGGAGCUAUGCAGCGCCAACUUCAACGGUCCCAGUAUCAAAUGCAAUAUAGUCGGCCUGUCCAAGCAGCCUUGUCAGUUGUUUUUCUCUUUUGCUUAAUUGUCUUAAUUGUGCUCCGUGCAAUUUAAGGUGCUGUUCAUCCUACAAAUUACAGCCUGGGGCAAUAAAUGGCUCGGAGGGCAUCACAGUGGUGAUAUGCGGAAAGAUGUUUUUGAGAGAACAAGAGCUUUUCAUUAUUAUCAAGUGACUGGUUCAGUAUAGGUAUGUGUUCUCCUGUUAUGCAGUAGCCAGUAUUAUUUCUGUAAAUAAACCCCUUGCUCACCCAUUUUUUCCCCUUCCUGACCACCAUUUCGCUCUUCCUCCUAAACUUUUGAUUAUGUUGUCUGAUUGUAAGAGCCAAGAGAUGGCGGAGAAAGUUGGCCAGGAACAUUUCUCAAGUGCCAUCUGAUCCUGUAAUACAUCUUUUUUUUUCAAAGCCA